GACACGGUUAGGAGCGCCUCUCAGUGUAUCCGACACACACAGCCGAGGCAUGGACGCGCUGGGAAGAAGAGGGAUAAACCUGGAGGAACAACAGUAAGGGAGGAGGAGGAAGAGCGAAUGGGAGAAGAAGAGCUGUAAAGAAGAUAAGAGAGAAAGUGUCGGCGCGGUAAAAAGAGGACGGUGAACGGGCGCAUCGAGGCGGAGAAUGGGCAAUUCCUCCUUCCCAGGCAUGUCCUCUCUCUCUCCGUCCGUUCUGUAGUUGCAGGUCAAAAUGUCUGCCACGAAUAGAGGUUUGUUAACGGAGUUGAAGACUCUUCUCUCAGGUCGAGAGAAGAGAAAGGGCCCCAUGAUCUCUGCCGGCGAUGCCGAGUUCCCGCGGGAUUACCACACGCUGGCCGGCGGCCGCGGGGCCCGGCGGUUCCCCGACAACACCAACACCAACGGGGGGUUCACAUCCUCCUCGCUGGACCGCCGGCACAACUCGGUGGCCGCCAAGAGCCUGGAGGCCCUGAACAGCAUCCACAAGGCGGACAUCGAGCGGCAGAGAGACGCCCUCAUGGACCUCCAGAAGAACAAGUUCUCCAACAGCCCCGGCAGCCUGUCGCAGGGCGCCGCCACCGCCGCAGGACGACAGCAACAACCAAACUACUGGAGCUUCAAGACUCGCACACCUCGUGUGACUCGACUCAGCCCGACACAGCCGGCUCUCGCCGACCAGGCCAGCAAGGUUUCCUUCGCGUCGGCGGAAAAUCUGGGGACCAUGUCGGAGUCCGAAAUGCCGAUCGGCUUCAACCGGAUGAACCGGCUCCGCCAGAGCCUGCCGCUGGCUCGCUCGUCCAGCCAGGCCAAGCUGCGGGCGCCAGGGAUCUUGUUCCUCCAGCUCGGGGAGGAGACUCGCCGGGUUCACCUGACCCACGAGCUGACCAGCCUGGACACGCUGAGGGCCCUCAUCGUGCACAUGUUCCCCCAGAGGCUCACCAUGGCCAUGCUCAGGUCUCCAAACACAGCGCUGCUGAUCAAAGACGAGACUCGUAACGUCUUCUACGAGCUGGAGGACCCGCGGGACGUUCAGGACCGCUGCGUAAUCAAGAUUUACUGCAAAGAGCCCAUCUACGGCACCUACCCCGGACACCAACACCCACACCUGGCUAACGGAGACCUGCGGAGGGAGAUGGUGUACGCUCCUCAGGACUCUUCACCAAACCGCCGCCUCAGCAACCCUCACAUGUCUUCCCAGCAUUCGUCUUCCUCCGCCUCCCCUCAGGGCUCGCCGUCCCGCGCCCGCCUCCUCUACAGUGGCGGCAGGCCCUCCUCCUAUGCCGGGCCCCCCCACCACAUCCACUCCCUGCCGCACCCCCACCAGCAGCCGCACUCCCAGUCCCACCACUCCUCCCCCCACCACCAGCAGCAGCAGCAGCAGCAGCAGCAGCAGCAGCAGCAGCAGCUCCAGCAGCAGCAGCAGCAGCUCCAGCAGCAGCAGCAGCAGCUCCACCAGCCCCAUCAUGCCCAGCAGGCCUUCUGCGCCUCCUCCAGCGCCAUCCUGGAGCGCCGGGACGUGAAGCCCGACGACGAGGUGGGGGGAUCCAGGAGCAUGGUGCUGCUGCGGGGGGACGAACGUGGGAUCUACGCGGACCCCUACUCUCUGGGCCCGGACACAAGUCGGCUGAGUCUGGCAGGAGGUCCUCACUCUCCUCUACCAGCCAGAGCUGACCCCUAUGGCUCCUUAUAUCGCCGUGGAGGAGGGGGAGGAGGCGGAGGAGGAGGAGGAGGAGGAGGAGGUGCUGGAGCGAUGCGUUCCCUCACCUCCUAUACAGCGGCCGCUUUACAAGGAGAGCUGAUGGAAAGCGGUGCUCUCUACAGACCGGGAGGACCGCUUUACAACGACUCCUACGCUGCGUCCAUGUUGGCCAUGGGGCUGCGGGUUCCUCCGCCGUCCUCCCCGCAGAAGAUCCCCGACAUGAGGGAGUCCUACGCGGGCACCAUGCCCGGUCGGGGCUCCCCGGGGAGGCAGAGUUUGAGAAGGGACUCCGUGACCUCCUCUGUGUUCGGGGACAGUCCCAAAGCCCGGGGCCAGAACCCGGGGUUGGGUCUCACCUCGGAGCAGCUCUGCCUAAUGGCCGGGCCCGGAGGGGAGGGGGGCGGACCCGGAGUCUUCGGAUCGCCUCUGCUGGGAAACGAAACCGAGACUAGGGAGCGUAUGGAGGCCAUGGAGAAGCAGAUAGCCAGUCUGACGGGGCUGCUGCAGAGAGUACUGAGCAGAGCGCCUGAGGCAGACAGCCCGGAGAAGAUGGAGUCGGCCAGUGACUGCUCAGGAACUGACACUGGACGAACUAAAAAAAAGAAAGCUUUGACUCCGUCGGCUCCUUUGGCCCUGAUGCCUCCUCCGUCCUCGGGGGCCCACCAGCCCGUCACCGUGUCCCGUCUGCAGAUGCAGCUCCACCUACAAGGCCUGCAGCAGAACACCAACGCACUGCGCAAACAGCUGUCGCAGCUACGCAACAUGCAGCUGGAGAACCAGGACUCGGUCUUGUCCCUGCUGAGGCAGACCGAGUCCGAGCUGAGCCUCAUGAUGCUGGACGCCAUGCGCACGCAGGAGGACCCGCUCCAGAGACAGCGCCUCCUGGUGGAGGAGGAGAGACUCAAGUACCUCAACCAGGAGGAGCUGCUCAUCCAGCAGCUGCAUGACCUGGAGAAGUCGGUGGAGGAGCUGCAGAGGAACUCGUCGGUGAAUCACGGCCUGGUGACGGAGCAGGAUGUGGAGCAGAAGAGCAAAGAGCUGAGGAUGCUGGGAGAGACGCUCACUGAGCUCAAAAUCCAGUUCCCCAGCCUGCAGAGUAAGAUGCGGGUGGUGCUGCGGGUGGAGGUGGAGGCUGUUAAGUUCCUGAAAGAGGAGCCUCACCGGCUGGACGCCCUGCUGAAGCGCUGCAACACCAUGACGGAUGCGCUCAGCACGCUCCGCAGUCUCUUGUAUCCCUCCUAUAUGUACAGACAAGUGACGGAGGGAGUGUGGAAGGGCCCCGAGGACCUCCCCAGCCAAUCGCAGAAGAGAUCGGAGGACUCGAGUCGCGGCUCUGACCUGGACAUCCUGAACAGUCCUCCUCUCAGCCUCAGCGACCUGAGCGCCGGCGCCGGCCUCGCCAACUGGAUGCCCGUUACCUCCGGCGACACCGACACUUCGGGCCCCGAGCAGGACAUCCAGCCCUCCAUGGCCUUCAGGAACCGGGUCCUCGACGAGCUGCCGAGUCGGCGUCCCGGCGAUAAGUCGGUGUCGGCCGAAGUUAGACUGGCGGCGGAGCGGGACUGGGAGGAGAAGCGGGCCAGCUUGACCCAGUUCAGCGCCCAGGACAUCAACCGGCUGCUGGAGGAGACCCAGGCCGAGCUGAUGAAGGCCAUCCCGGACCUGGACUUCGCUGCCCGCCACAUCAACAAGCCCGCGGUGCCCCCGAAGCCCCAGAUCACCGUCCCGAUGACCUCCACCGCGGCGGCUUCUCCUGCAGCCGGCACCACCGGGACCACGGCCGGCACCGCCUCCACCGGCUCGCCCAGCGGGGACCAGCAGCCCGGCAAAGUGCAGCUGGCCGCCCAGAAGCUGAACAGCAUGGAGGGGGCGGGUUCACAUCGAGGGUCGGUGGAUCUCAGCGUGACCCGGUAUCGUACGGAGAAGCCCUCCAAGUCUCCGCCUCCUCCUCCGCCUCGCCGGAGCUUCCCGUCGGCACACGGCCUCACCACCAACCGCACCGGGGAGGUCAUCGUCACCUCCAAGAACAUGAAGGUGAGAUACUUCAGGGCUUGGCGGUGGAGGAGGAGGAAGUCUUCUCUACCUUUUUAAAGCGUGUGGAAAUAAAGCCACGUCAGCUGUCACUGAAACACUGACCGCGUUGUUGGAACAGCUGUUUGACGUCUAAUCUGAGUGACAUUUGUCAUGCGUAAACACACCUCUGUGGUGCUGCCGGUUGGAAGCUGAGAGAAUCUAAAUCUCCUGCAACAGCUGAUCCUGAAAAUAUUAAAAUAAGAGUCACUUUCAGUCGGGGGAGCGUUUAAGAUAUGCAGCUAAACCUGGAGGUGCGGUCUCAGUGGGGCUGUGUGAAGGGAUGUCGGAUUGUGAGCCACAUAUUGAGAGCGCUGCUCUCACAUGUACAACAGAGUGAGGAUCCUGUCGGCAGUUUGAGGUUUUGUUUCUGAGGCGUGAACACGCUGCUGACGCUCUGAAGCCUCCCUGAUCGCCCUGAUCUCUGCGUGAUGAGACUUCACUUCAACAAGGUGCUGAAAACCUUCCUGAAUGAACAAUGUCAAGUGGUUCCUUCAUUCGAUUUUUCUUUGGCGGUUCAUUCACACAACAGUUCAGUUGUAUUAAUAAUAACUGCUGUCAUGCUGAAAGAGUUCUGGUAAAG